UUAAAUUCUUUCAAUGGCUUCAAGUCGAAGGUCUUCUUGAAUAAACUUUUAAAUUCUUUCAAUGGCUUCAAGUCGAAGGUCUUCUUAUGUUACAAGAAAAGGAACAAUUUAUUCUCAAGAUCCUUAUCCCACAAAUCAUUUGUUUUUUUUAACACCUCAUAAUCGAUUUCGUAGAGCAUGUUUUGCAAUCAGUUCAUCCAGAAUAUUUGAAUCUCUUAUAAUGAUUGUCAUAGCUGGAAAUUGUGUCAUUAUGGCUCUAAAUGCUCCUUUAGCAAAUGAUGAUAAGUCAAAUCUUAAUAUAAAGCUGGAAUUACUUGACAAGUAUCUUCUCGGAAUAUAUAUAACAGAAGCUCUUCUAAAGAUAGUAUCUCAAGGUUUUAUUUUACACCAAUAUUCCUACUUGCGUACUCCUUGGAACAUUCUUGAUUUCAUUGUAAUUAUUACAGGUAUUCUUCCUUAUGUUGGUUUGGGAAAUAGUGGACCCACUAAAGUUAUAAAAGCAGCAAGAGUUUUAAGGCCAUUAAAGAUUGUUUCUGGAGUACCUAGUUUACAAAUUGUUUUAAGUGCUAUUUUGAAAUCGAUGGGUUCAUUAAUGGAGAUUUUUCUUCUUGUUGGUUUUGUUAUAAUUAUAUAUGCAAUUAUUGGGAUGUCACUGUUUCAAGGAUUGUUUCAUCAAACAUGUGUUUUUACAUCCAACAAUACUAUCUGGAAAGAUGGUUGGUUAUGUGGUCCAAAUAACAGUAGUGGAAGACAUUGUCCUGAUAAUACAGUGUGUAUACAGUCUUGGCUAGGUCCAAAUGAUGGAAUUACAAGUUUUGAUAAUAUUUUUUUGGGGUGUAUUACUGUGUUUCAGUGCAUUACUGGUGAAGGUUGGACAGAUAUUAUGUAUGCGAUAUUUCAAGUGUUUGACGAAAAGAGACUUUUUAUGUGGUUGUACUUUUAUUCAUUAAAUAUACUUGGAUCACAUUUCAUGUUAAAUUUGGUAUGUGGUGUUCUCAGUGGACAGUUCAGUAAAGAAAAAGAGCGUGCUGCCAAUUGUGAGGAGUUCUUAAGAAUAAGAGCUGAAAAAGCUCUUGAAAGGGCAGCUGAAAAAUAUGCAGGUUGGAUUGACGAAGGUGAAUUUGUUACCGCAAAAGCAUUGGAAGAAAAUCUCAAAAAACAAGAGCAGUUAGAUGAUUGUGGUGAAGUUAUUGAACCUCCACUUAAGGGUUUAAAACUAUUUCUUGCUCAUAACAAUGUUGUUCGAGCAAAGUUGAAAACAAUUAUGUUAUCUAACUUUGUGUACUGGCUUGUACUUCUGUUGGUAUUUUUGAAUAGUGUGUCUGCUAUGAUGCAAUACUAUCAAGAAAAAAAAUGGAUCACAGAUCUUAUUAGAUGCACCAUACAGACCCUCGUUCAAAUUUUGAUGAUUUCUUUAAUGCUGUGUUAACUGUUUUUCAAAUUGUCACAGGUGAAGAUUGGAACAAUGUAAUGUAUGAUGGAAUCAAUGCAUAUGGAGGAGCAUUGAAUGCAAAAGGAGUUUCAGUUUCAUUAUACUUUAUUUUGAUUGUGUGCCUUGGAAAUUUUGUUGUAAUAAAUGUGUUUUUGGCCAUUGCUGUUGACAACAUAUCACUGACUGCCGAUGAAAUAGAAGAUGAAGCUGAAGAAAAUUUAUACCGUGAAAAUCAUAUAAAAGAGAUUCAUGAAAAAUAUUCUUCUUCAGACAUCAUUGUGGAAGAAGAAAAUGAAAAAGAUACAUAUUCAGACUCUUUUGCAAUCGAAGAAUUUGAUUACUAUCCUAGAAAUGAUAUUACUGCAAAACCAGGAGAGAAUUUUUUAGAAAACCUAAAAAAUCCUGCUCGAAUGCUUCCAAAGCCAUACAAACCUCCUAUUCUUGAAGUGAAUACAUUCUUUAUUUUUGCUCCUACAAAUUCGAUAAGAAAGAUUGCUCAUGAAAUUAUAUCAAAUCCUGUUUUUGACAAUAUCCUACUUGCAUUAAUAAUAAUAAACAGUCUUUUGCUGGCUUUGGAGGACAUGACCGAUCAAGAAGCCACUAUCAAUAAUAUUCUCUCUUAUGUAGAUUAUGUUUUCACAGCAAUAUUUACCUUAGAAGCUGUUUUAAAGUUAAUAAACUAUGGUUGUGUGCUACAUCACGGUUCAUAUUUUCGUGGCGUUUGGAAUUGUGUUGAUAUGUUUGUGGUGACAUGUUCAAUUACCUCCAUAAUUUUAAAUAUGAAAAUAAAGAAUGCUUCACCAGCUGUAAAAACAGUUGUUAAAGUUCUUCGUGUUUUGAGAGUAUUGAGACCAUUGAAAGUGAUUAAUAAACUACCAAAGUUGAAAGUUGUUUUUAUUUGCAUGCUUUUUUCAUUGAAAAAUGUGAUAAUGGUGCUUGUUAUAAUUUUACAACUGCUUCUUAUUUUCUCGAUUAUGGGUGUACAAUUGUUUUCAGGGCAGUUUUGGUACUGCAGUGACCCAUCUAAAUAUACAGAAAUGGAUUGCCAAGGAAGUUUUAUUACAUUUGAAAAGAACAACUACAAUACUCCAAUUGAAAUGGAACGAGUUUGGUUGUUGCAUAUAUUUAAUUUUGAAAAUAUUGCUCAAGCACUUAUUACUUUAUUUACAUCUUCAACUGGUGAUGGUUGGUACAUACAUAUGCAGCACGGUAUUGAUAGCACUUCUGAUGGCAGAGGUCCCAUUAAAAAUAAUAAAAUAUGGGUUUCCAUUUACUUUCUUAUGUUUGUUGUUAUUUUUUCAUUUUUCUUUAUCAAUGUUUUUGUUGGUAUGAUCAUUCUCACCUUUCAAGAGCAAGCUGCAGCUGAAAGUGGUUUUGAGCUUGAUAGAAAUACAAAAAACAGUUUAAUUUUUGCAAUGAAAUCAAAGCCAAUGGAGCGCUUUAUGCCUGAGGAUGUAAAAAGUUUACAGUACACUGCUUGGUCAUUAAUUGAAUCUUAUCCAUGGGAAGUUGGUAUAACAUCAUUGAUUGUAAUAAAUAUUAUCUCCCUGUUAAUAGAGUACAACAAUGAACCAUUGAGGUUCAAUAAUAUCAUGAAUACCGUCAGUAUAGUGUUUUCUUUUAUGUUUGUGUUUGAAUUUGCUGUCAAGUUUUUUGCACUGGGUUGGAAUUAUUUCAAAGAUUUUUGGAAUGUAUUUGAUAUGUUGAUAGUCCUUGGUGGGAUUUUAGAUUUUGUUUUUAAAACAUACUUUCCUCAGGCACCCUUUGAUCCAAGCAUAUUGCGAUUGUUUCGUGCUUUAAGAUUGAUCAAACUACUUCGCAGAAGUCAUUCGUUAAGAAUAUUGCUGUGGACAUUUUUAAAGUCAUUUAGAGCUUUACCUUAUGUUGCUAUGCUGAUUUUCUUACUGUUUUUUGUAUAUGCAAUUAUUGGAAUGCAGAUUUUCUCUCAAAUAGCGAUUAAUUCAAGUGAAGAUCAAUGGCAGUAUAUAAACGAAGAUAACAACUUUCGUACUUAUUUUAGUUCAACGCAAAUAUUAUUCAGAAUAAGUACAGGAGAAAAUUGGCCUAAAAUAAUGAUGGCUUGCAGUUAUGGAGCUCCUUGUGAUUAUGAUAUGGCUACUGUUAAUGACAAUUCUAAUCAAUGUGGAACAUAUUUAACUUAUGUCUACUUUAUUUCAUUUAUAUUCUUGUGCUGUUUUUUAAUGUUAAAUUUGUUUGUUGCUGUCAUCAUGGAUAAUUUCUCUUUUCUAACUGAAGAUUCCAGCAUUCUUGGACCUCAUCAUUUGGAUGAAUUUGUUACUGUUUGGUCAGAUUUUGACCCUCGGGCUAGUGGUCGUAUACAAUAUACCGAGGUGUGUGAAUUAUUAAGACAAAUGACACCACCAUUAGGUUUGGGAAGAAAAUGUUUAAAAGUAGUAGCAUAUAAGCGUUUGGUUAAAAUGAACAUGACUCUAUAUAAAGAUGGUGCAGUCGAUUACACAGGAACAUUUUUUGCAUUGGUACGCACAGCGUUAGAAGUUUACACUGAAAAUGCAAAUCUAAAAAGCAACGAUUUAGCUUUACGCAAAAUGUUAAAGUCAGAAUUUCCAAACAUUUCCAAGCGUACCUUAGACUUAGUUAUUCCCAGAAACCCGAGAGAUUCCAAGCACAUGUCCAUUGGAAAAAUAUUUGCAGCAAAACUCAUUUUAGAAAACUACAGGAGUGUUCGUAGAAAUGGUAAAAGAAAAAAGUCAGCCAUUGAUUCUGUACUGGUUGCGAAUGAAACAUAACCGUACUUAUUGAGCUCGGUUUGAAUUCUAUUUUUAUACGAAAUUUCUGUUAUUUAUUUUUACCACAAUAAGCAUUUUGCCACAGACAGCUGUUAUCUCCGUAAAAAGCAGAAAAUAGACAAUAUCAUUUUAUCCUUCGCAAAACAGUGACGAAAAUAUAUUGCAACACUUCUAAUUUAAAGACUUAAAUAUGACUUAAACAAUAAUAGUUUUAAACAAACAACAAAUUAUUAAAUUAAUUAUUUAUUACAAACUUAUGAGCUUAAAACAAACAACUUUUUUAUUACAAGUUUAUGACUCUAUGACAAAUAACAUUGGUUUGGUUAACUUAAUUAAAAAAUAAUUGAACGCUAAAAAAAGUAAUGCAUAACAACAAUAUACAAUGAAUAACAAGUA